CCCACCCUCGAAGCUGCAUCGAUGGAAAGAAUGAAAUUAAUUUUUAAUAUUACGCUGAACGAAAUAAGGUGAACACUGGCGAUUAAAAGCUCAAACCGUGAUUUACUCUGCAGUUUUACGAAAUAAGGUGAACACUGACGAUUAAAAGCUCAAACCGUGAUUUACUCUGCAGUUUUUAUUUAUACGGAUGUCGUCAACGGGUGGCUGCGAUUGUAGACGCCUCUCAGCGUAAUUGUUGUAGAACAGUGACGAAAACAAGACGAAAUCCAGACAAGGAAAAAAAAAACACGAUAUCAGUCUCUUCCAGUCAGGGACAGAUCGCCUCAGAAAACAACAAAAUCACGAGAUCCCUCUACACAGCCAAACACAGAACGAUGUGAUUGCAUUUCUCAGAACAAUAUGUAGCUGUUGGGAUAAAGAUGUGAACAAGCUGGGGGAACAGUGGAAGCUUAAGGAUCUUGUGCCAUACAAAGAGAGUCCAUUCUUCGGCAAUUGGUUCAUAUUUAACAUACAGAUGGAUUUGAAUAAGAAAUUAGACCAGUUCAAGAAGCAGCAGGCUAAUUGUCAAUCAACAUUGGCAAAGGUUGCAGCAUCUAGACCACCCUCUUCCAAGAACAGCAAUUCAAAGCAUGCUGCAGUGGCUCCUCCUCCUUCUGUUGCUGCUUCUUCACUUCAAGGUCAAAAGUUUUCAAAUGAUACAGAGAGGCUUCAGCAUAUUAACAGCAUUAGAAAAUCUGCAGUUGGUGCACAGAUCAAACGUGUUAUUGACCUCCUUUAUGAGACCAGGCGGGCUCAUACAGCAGAGGAGAUAAAUGAGGCAUGUUAUGUGGAUAUAAAUAACAAUAAGGGUGUUUUUGAGAGUUUGAAGAAAAAUGUGAAAGUCAAUUAUGAUGGUCGGCGGUUCUCUUACAGGUCCAAGCAUGACCUUAAGGACAAAAAUGAGCUCCUGGUGCUGAUACGCAAAUGUCCAGAAGGUAUAGCGGUUGUUGACCUGAAGGAUGCAUACCCGUCUGUCGUAAAUGAUUUGCAGGAACUUAAGGCGAAUGGUGAUAUUUGGCUGUUAUCAAAUUACGACUCCCAGGAAGAUAUUGUUUACCCAAAUGACCCAAAGAUGAAGAUCAAGGUUGAUGAUGAUGUGAAACAAUUGUAUCGAGAAAUUGAGUUGCCAAAAGACAUGGUUGACCUUGAAAGAGAUUUAUUUAAAAGUGGGAUGAAACCUGCAACCAACACUGCCAACAGAAAGCUUGCAAUGCAAGUUCAGGGAGCCCAGCAGAAACCAAAACAAAAGAAGAAGCGUGAUUUUUCCAAGAGAACAAAAUUAACCAAUGUCCACAUGCCAGAGCUUUUCAAAUGAAAAAUUUCAGAUAACGGAUUUUAAGAUAAUUUCUAAUGCUAACCUUCAUUCUUCCAAUUAUGCUGCAAGCCAGUUAAGAAAUGAGUCUAUAUGUGAUGGUUCAAUUGGAAGAUUUUUAAGUUUGAUUUUGAGACUGUAAUUGGAUUUUAACACUGAUUAUAAAUUACAACUUUUUGUCUA